AUGCAUCUUGUCACACCGGCGGGUUCUCACUUCUUCGAGGAGUUUGGGGUGCCGCGCUGCGAUACAAGAGAUCUUGAACUAAAGGCACUGCUAGGUGGAGAAACGGGCCAGCUCAAGGAGGUGAUCACCCGCAUCAAACGCUGGAAUUCCAUAGUGGAUGAAAUGUACGAUGAUUCGGAUUCAGAGCCCUCCGAAACCGAAGCACCAGAACCGCCAAGUCUCGAACUCAUCUUUAGUAAAGAGGAAAGUGUUCCCUACUCGUCGCGUGCGCUUUAUGAAAUUCUUCACCAAAACUGGCCCUGUGCAUCUGACGCGCACAACCACGAUGGACGACUGGGCCUUUGUUUCGAGGCGAAUUUCUGCUUGGACCCUCGAUGGGCAUCUAGGAACUAA